AUGGCAACAGUAAAUUAUUGGAAAAAUUUUUAUUUAUUUCUGAUUGUGAUUAUUUCUUUAAAAAUUAAUGCGCAACAACAAUCAUCUGAACCUAUGCAAAAAACCUUUGCAAACACGCAAUUUGAUUUGGAUCCUAAUUUACCAUCGGAAGAUUUUUCAAGCAUUGUAUCAUUAUCAACAUUACAAUUUUCAAACAGUUCUCAACAGUUUUUGGGUGAAAUACCCGCGCAAACAAGUACGACGCUACGUUUAGUAUCAGCAACAGAGAAGAUAAGUGAAGCAGAAAAUUUACAAGCGAAUCUGCCUAAUAAUCCUCUUCAAUAUUUCCAAAAGCCAUCAUUUCCAGCGCCUCGAGCAAAAGUUUAUCGUAAUAUUGCAGAAGAUAUAGCGAUAUCUGUUUCCGCGAUUAACCCUCCGGCUGCUCAACAUGAAUCAGCGCCUAUGCACGAAUCCUCCAAUUCAGCUUUUCAGGAAUUGAAACUGGACAAAAAUAAUGCUCAAUACUUUCCUGUCGAUAUUCAGGUAACACCAAGAUUACCAUACUCUAUUAAAGGCUAUUCAUCACCUAAAUAUCAUGCUUCACACUCUGCGCUUAAAUCUCCUAAAAAUCUUUCCACAUCACAAAUACUGAAUCUACCUGCUGCUCCAUCUGCUACUCUAACAGAUAACAAAUUCAAAUCGGAAAUACCAGCACAACGGAUCUCAUCUGCUUUAUUAUGGUUUUCUCAAACUCUUCCAUCAUUCGGUAUAUUAUCUUAUCUAUGA